AUGGCAAGUUUGGAAAGAUGGAUUACUCGAGCGACCUCGGGGGGAGCGACAUCAGCCACCGAGGCCACCGAGGCAGCUCCAGGACCUACGACCCAAGAAAUCGAUGACUUGGUGGCCAACCAAGGCGGGAAUAUGGCCUCGAAGCUGGCCGACCUUCGGAAGCCAGUGGAAGAAGAGAGGGCCUACUUCAACACAAUGAAGGAAGCCCUAGAAGUAUUCCGAGGAUCGCACGGUGACAAUUACAACGCCUACCCUGAGGCCCUACAGGACUUUGCAAGGAAGCAAGCCCAAAUUCAAGAAGAAAGUCGUCAUAAAAGGCGACACCAAGACAUUGAGGACGAGUGGGAGGACCCCCAUCUGGAAGGACGCGAGGAGGACACAGCUUCCACUGAGUCUAGGGAGACUGCACCCACCCGAAGGCCAAUUGGAAGGGUUAAGGAACCAAAGGUCUACAAGGGCGAGUCUACCCGCGAACUCAACGAGGUCUUCCCAACUGAACAGUCGAAGGUGGCCUUCGCAGCCCAGUACUUAGAAGGGCACCCUAUGAAGGAGUGGGACCAUCGGUGCGCCACCCAGGUUGAGGGGUACAUUGACCUUCUGGAUAUCACAGGUUUCGAGGAGUUCCUCCGAGACCUCCACGUCGACCCGGCCAACCGACAGCAUCUUGCAGCCCUCAAGUAUAACGUAGCUGCCCAAAGGAAAGGGCAGAGUAUCCACAAGUUUGUGGCCUAUCUUGAGGAUCUCGAGCGCGAAAUGGACCAGUAUACCGAGGCGCAGAAGACCACCCACCUCUUGAUGAAGAUCCACCCAGAAAUGAGACAACGACUCCUUGAAGGGGGGCACGCUGGCUACAAGAAUAGCCAAAGGGACGAGGGGGGUUCCUCACGAGGAGGCUCCUCCAACUGCAGAGGCAGCCUCAGCAACAGGAGGGACCGCUUUGGCAGCCAUCGAGGAUUCCAACACGCAACCCCAGAACCUCCAAAGCCCACUGCCACAAAGAGGAUGGAAAUCGAGGUAGAGCUUCAAGUAGGUUCUGAGUGGCACAAGGCGCAAGCCCUUAUCGACUCAGGGUCAGACGCGUCCACUAUCCAACCUCUCUUUGCCAAAGAGAAGGGUUUGGAAUGCUGGGACAAGGCACCCCUACGUGCAAGGGCAGUUGAUGGAAAGGAUAUUACGAUAUAUGGGGCAGCUACCGCCCAGAUCUGA